AUGGCGACCAGGUCGAGAGAUGGCGAGGAGGGCGCCGCUUACACGCGCCUGUCUGAGGAUCCGUGCCCUCUCUGCGCUUCGUGCUGCCGGUCCCUGGCCGCCUCCCUGCGAAGUGAGGAGGGCCGGCGCAGCCUCUUCCUGGGCUUUGCCGCCUUCGUAGUGGCAGUCGUGCUGCUUCGAGGACCUCUUCUUGCCGUGCUAAAAGUGCUGCUGAAGGUCCUGGAGUACUUCGCAAAGCCUUUGCUUUUCGUUGCAGACUUCGUGCCACCGCCAGUGUUGGAAUGCACGGGCGUCCUCACUGUGGGAAGCGCGCUGAUAUACCUCUGCUGGAGAUAUCCGGACGUGACCUGCCCAGUGCUGCUGGUUCUGCUGGUCGUCGGCAUGUACGUAGCCCUCUCCUUCACCCUCUGGUACAACCCCAUGGACAACGCCCAGGCAUUCGAGAUGUGGGCAAAUGCCUCGAAGAUGCUCCGAGCAAACGUCACGGCCCUCCGCAGCUGA